AUGUCCAACUUGUCGGCAGUUCCGACGCAGCACCAGAUCGAUUCGGACGAAGAUGACGAAGAAGUGUACGGGUCGAUGCAAUCUUCCGUGUUGGGUGGCUCGAGCUCGAUGGAUUCGUCGAAUCCGUCGUCGAUUACGUCGUCGUCGAGCCACAUGGGGUCGUUUCAGAACAACUUGAGCUCGUCGCGCCUGGCAUCGCUGAGCGGUGUGAUUGACGAAGCGGACGAAGUGCAGUACCAUCGCAGCCGUGGAUCGAACGAGCACCCACGUCCGCCCCGCCCGGACGGCAGUGGGUUCAUCCCGCUCACGACGUUGUCGGCGUCGACGCAGCUGACCCAAGUCAAGCAGUUUUCGUACCCGUUGCAUUACACGGACGGGCAGCUCUGGCCGUUGGCGCCGAUCCCGACUGAAGAGCCGGCGCGUCUGCGCAAACUCGACGACCUGUCCAUCCUUGACACCCCUCAAGAGCAGGAAUACAAUCACAUUGCCCAGGGCGCGGCGGACGCGCUGCAGGCGUCGUUCGGGUUCAUCAGCUUCAUCGACGCCAAGCGCGAAUGGGUCAAGGCAUCCUAUGGCAAUGGCGCGGGCGCCAACACGAGCGUCUCCCGCGAUGUCUCGAUCAGCGCCCACGUCAUCAUGUCGUACGAGGUGACGGUGGUCCCCAACUUAACGACAGACGUCCGGUUUCGUGACAAUCCGCUCGUGUUGGACGGCAUCAAGUUGCGCAGCUUUGUCGGGUAUCCGCUCGUGACGUCGGACGGGUUCAUCGUUGGCGUGCUUGGGGCCGCCGACACACGGAUUCUGUCGCCAGCAAGGAUGGUGAAGUUCGUAAUGUUUGGGCCUUUGUGUAUGACACUGUUCGAGUGUGUUUGCGACCGAUGA